AUGAGAGGGUUUGAGAGAAAAGGGGUCCGGCAGUACAACCGGUCAGAGGUGCCGCGGAUGCGGUGGACGGAGGAGCUGCACCGGCAGUUCGUGGAGGCCGUCGAGUGCCUCGGUGGCCAGGACAAAGCAACUCCGAAGCGAAUUCUUCAGUUGAUGGGCUUGAAGGGAGUUAGCAUAUCUCAUAUCAAGAGCCACCUUCAGAUGUACAGAAGCUCCAGCUCCAGUAGCAGCAGUACCCAUCAUCAGUCCAGCCUCCAGAAGUUGACAUCAACCGCGGCGAGCAACAGCAAGCGCGUGUUCUUGAGCCGUGAAGAUCACUGCGUCUAUGCGUCACAGGAUGGCAACACUACAGCUUCAUCAGACAAGAACAUUUAUACUACCAUGCUCCAUGGUUGCAGCCACUCAUCACCAUACCAAAUAAUACCGUCACUAGAGGAAGUGUUCAGAAGCUGCUGGGAACAAAGAAGAGGGCGUGUUCCUUGGAACUCCAACGUGCUAACAACAGAGAAGGAGAUUAGGCCAAGUCACACUAAGAAGUCCGAGAAGCAGCACACGGGAUGCGACCUCACGCUGUCGAUCGGCCAGUGGGAGGACGCGGCGAGCAGCGACGACGCCGACGGCUCGAGUUCCAUCAGCGAGGAGCUGCUGCUGCCUGCUCGGCCGGCAGCAGGCGCUCGCCGCGUCGCCUCCGUGAAGGAGGAGGAGAGCAAGCCGGCGGCUCUGAACCUGGACCUGACCAUCUCGUCGUCCUGGCUGGCCUGA